AAAGCCUUUGUGAUAAAAUGUCUUGAGUUUUAAUUAUUACAUUUCUGCGUGUUAAGUACGCUAUUUUUGCAUAAACGGUGCUAAAAUGCCUAAAUCAUAACGACAUUUUGUUUCUACUCUAUUACACGGAAACACGAUUUCGUAUAGAUCACAUCCGAUUGUAUUCAAUCCCGACUGUUCAUGGUAGCUGAACUAAGCACAAGCAACUAAAUAAAAAGUGCAGCUAUAUAAAGUGUGGUGCUGUAGAGUGAUUAUUUUACUUUUGCUAUGUUUUCACGUAAGGAAAAAGUACAGAAAAGUAGUAAGUGUCGAAAAAUGGAGCAGUUGAUUUUACCUAAUGCCAAAUUGAAAUUCUGUGUUGAUCAGUUGCAAAAUUUGAAUUUUUUGUUUAAUAACCGUCUGGAUCCUAGUGAAGCUGCUGAAGGUUUGUCUCCGGAAAAGUCCAUUUUAUUGGCAAAAUCUGUUACUGAAAGAUUAGUUCAACGGUUGUUAUGUGGAGCAGCCCAAAUUGACCCAAGGUUUUCUUCAAAAUAUCUUAUAAACACGCGUAUUGAUCAAAACGAUUACACCGCAACGCACUUGGAAUAUGUAAUCCGUUUAGACAAUUUAUCGACACCUACAAUUUAUGAAGACUAUGAGAGAUCCACAUUUGAAGUUCUGGAAACUGAUAAGGAUUGUCCAGCUGGAUAUGCCAGAAUUCGUCUAAAUGGAUCCACGUUUAAGCAAUUUGAAGAGUUUAUAAAUUCUUUUGGGUUUUUAAGAAGAGAUCGCAUUCAAGCAAGACUUGUGGAACUUUUAGCGCAAGCUGCAGGUAGUGAUAAACCUACAUCACCCCUACACGUGGAUGAAUCCACUAUGUGUGGAAUACCCGGGAAAAUUAUGGAUCCAGCAACGCUGUACCAUGUUUUAAGUAUUCCAGCAAGUCAACAUGUUUACUAUGGCCCAGGAGGUAAUGUUCCAAGAUUUCCCGACACCCGAGAUUUCCGGCUGGCGAUCGUAGAUGAACCCAAUGGCAUAAAAUUAAAAGUGGAAUUCCUAUCUCCAGCUUUAGCCGAUAUCUCAAUAAAAGUCACUAUCUUAGUGGCGAUAGGAAUAGACUCUUGGCCUGCCACUAGCGAUUUUCCGUCUAGGAUUCCAUUAGGACACUCCGAUUGUUUACUGUAUUAUGAAGCAGCCCUAACCGGAAUGUAUCUGGUUGGUUAUGGAGUUCAUUCGUCUGCCUGGCAGAUUAGAUUGCCUGCUGCAGAGUUCACACUGUUAAAUCAUUAUGGAGCUAAUAGUGUUGUGCGAACCAUUCUAGAUGUUUUAUAUCAAAUCUUAAAGGAUAUUAAUUCUUACAGAAAAAUGCGAAAACCCAUCUCCUAUAAAAUAUUGAAUAGAUAUAUGUUGUUUACUUUACUCUUGGAAGAAUUGGAGGAAAAUUCAACGACGCCAUUCUACGAUAUGGCUUUGUGGUCUCCCAUGUACUUAUCAACUUUGGUAUUGAAAUUGCUUGACAAAGCAAUAAAUAGACUCAGCUCAGAAUUUCAACCAAAUUAUUUCUUUAAAAAAGCUAAUUUAUUAGUGAAUCCUGGACAUUUAUGCGACGAAGACUUUACCAUUGAAGCAAAUAAUAUCAAAGGAUAUAUGGUGAAGCUGUUUGAUGAGUCACUAAUGUCCAACAUUGGUAACGACGGGUUUUCAACCUUGAUAAAUUCCCAAGAAUCAGAAAUGAAUCUACUUUACAAAUGGAAAGGAUUGGUGGAAAAUAUGGCUCCACCUUCUGGAACGAGGGGAAGAAGGCUAUGCUUUGCCGGUUCUAAAAACCGUAGAGAAAUUGUCCACACUCAAUAUACUGCUCGGCAAUUGGAGUAUAUAGGAUUGGUCUUACACAGCAUGCUAAAAGUUAAACAGCAUAUCCUACACCCUCACUAUAACACUGGCUUUAAGAGCUUGUAUAGUCCGGAAGAGGAGCUUGAAAUGCAACCUUUAGAGGAUGUAAUUUACAUACUAGUGUCUUUGCUGGAUCAAGCAAAAGAGCAAUAUCUUUCUUUGCCUAAUACAGACAGCAAAAAAAUCAGUGCAAAGAUUAAGUCGCGUUACAGUGAUUGUUUGGCCAAACUUAUAGAGGUCAUACGAAAAGACAGAGAAGUAUUUUCAAAAAACUCUCCAGACCUUUAUGACGACAUAACGCUAGUUAAAGUGAUUCUCAAGUGGCUUUACAAAGCUAUGGAUCAGAGCAAGAAGUAUUUUGCUCCAAUUCUCAGGCCCUAUUUAAACACUGUUUUUACCGCUAGUUAUCACGUAUCGUAUCACAUAGAGUUUAUCAAGGAAAGGGCAAAAACAGAUGAAAUUGAAUCAAUGGGUGCUUUCUGUCUUUUGGUUAAUACUGGAACGAUUACGCCUGCUCAAGGGCUGAUAGACUCCAUAAACAAAAACUGGCUAUGGGCUCGAGAUAUGCUUCGAAUGGUGGAACAAAACACUUUGAGAUUGGUGUUUAUACAAACCAGAGGUAAAGUGUAUCGACACAUUCUGUCUUUGCCAUCAUACUCCAAAGAUAACGACUUUGAGACCACUGGGAGCAAAACUUGGAACGACAAGGCCAGGAAAAUUCGAUCGAUUAAAAGAAAAUCCACUCUUCCGGGAAGAAAUUAUUUCAGCUCCCUACUCCAUGAUGAGGCAACAAUUAGCAACAGGAAUACACCACAACACGAAACUCUGAAGUCAAAUUCGCCUCUUACUAUUAUUUUGCGAAAGAAAUACCGAAUGGGGCAACAUAGAUGUGCAGGUGAUCUAUUGAGAGCGAUGACUACAAUGCAGAAGCUCAGUGUAUUCCAAGAAGCGACAUCAACAUUGCCAAAGGAAGAUCAAUCGAAACUACUGGAUAUAAUAGAUAACAUUCAUACGGCAAAAGCAAAAAGAUCGUUAACAAAAAAAUGGUCAAGUACUCUGCCUCAUAGCAGCAAAAUUUGCCCUUCUCGGGAACUGGUGCAGAAGUAUACACCAAAGGAAGAAAGUGCUGGAAUAAGAAUUUCUCCUGAACAAACCAGAAAAAACAAAAAACCAAUUUUGCGAAAGGAAAGUCUACUAGGUACCAGCCGAGCGGCCAGAUUAAAAGAGGAUAACAAUGUAUUCUUGCUGCAAGACAAUUUUCGGAUACAAUGUUUAGUUAAUAAAUCGGAAUUGUUAUAUAACUGAUACCCACCCAGACAUUGUAGUUCAAAAUGUUAGGCAUACAAAGAAAAAAAUGUUUUAUCUUUCAUUAAGAAUAAAGUUGCAUGGAUUUAUAUCUGGUAAGUGUAUAAUCCAAGAUAUAUCCUUA